GCUGCAGCUGAGCCUUUCACUACACAGAUUCAAAGCGAACCAGCACAACCCUCAGUCACAGAACCGCAGGUGACUCACCAGGCUUUUCCAGCUAGGACAAUGAAACUGGGUGAAUCUUCUUUGAGUUCCACUGAGUCAAAGUCGUCCAGCCAGACUGAAGGAGGUGAGACACCUAGGGUUGCCAUGAGUUAUGUAAAUCCUCCAGAAGUGCAAAGAAUGGUUGUGGAACACAUAGUGAGAAGUGAAUCACCAGUUUCACAAGCGAACGUGUCAUUCAGACUUAGAGGGUUCUCUGGCAAAACUCCUUGCCCCAGUCAUGAGGUAGACUUCGAUACAUGGCGAAACAGUGUUGAGCUCCUUCUGCAGGAUGCAGCUCUGCCAGAUUUGCAGCGCUCAAGGAAAAUUCUAGAUAGUCUAUUGCCUCCGGCAGCAGAUGUUGUUAAACCUUUAGGGCCACAAGCCUUACCUACAGCUUACCUUGAACUAUUAGACUCAGCCUUUGGCACUGUAGAGGAUGGUGAUGAGCUUUUUGCCAAGUUCCUUAACACACUCCAAGAUGCGGGGGAGAAGCCAUCCCAUUACCUACACAGGCUGCAGACAGUUCUUUCCAAAGCAUUGAAAAGAGGAGGUGUAUCUGCUAGUGAAGCUGGCCGACAUCUUUUGCGGCAGUUUUGUCGAGGAUGUUGGGAUAAUGUGCUCAUAGCCGAUCUUCAGCUUGAGCGUAAAAGAGACAACCCGCCUCCAUUCUCUGAGCUACUGUUACAGUUGCGCGUGGAGGAGGAUAGACAAACUGCAAAAGAAAACCGAAUGAGAAAGCACCUUAGUGUAUCGAAGCAAAAAGUCAGUGCACAUCUCGUAACUGCUACCUCCCUUGAAGGCGACACAUCAUUGGAAAGUGACAUCACCCAAAUGAAGAAACAAGUCACUGAGCUGCAAAGUCAGCUUGCCCAACUAAAGACACAGAAAGCAGAAUCAAAUGUGCCUUCUCAAGACAGAGUUGUCGCCGAGUUAAAGAAACAGGUUACUGAGCUUCAGAGUCAGCUCACAAGCAUUAAAACCCAGAGACACCCUAAGACAAAGGCCAAUGUGACUAAAAUGAACACAAAACGUCCAACUAAGUACGAAACAUCUGAAUCUCCUUCUACUGCAGACCAAAUGCCUAAUACCAGACCAAGACCAUGGUACUGUUUCCAGUGCGGCGAGGAUGGUCAUAUCGCAUCCACAUGUCCUAAUGAUCCCAAUCCGCUGCUAGUAACUGCUAAAAGGAAGCAACUUAAAGAGAAACAAUCCAUGUGGGACAGUCAAAAUGGCUCAGUCCGUCCCCAGUCUUUAAACUAGAUCCUGCUC